AUGCCAAGUGCCGCUCAAUCUUCGCUUGCUCUAGUCGCCACUGCAGUAGCUAUCGCAGCUUCUUCUUCGAUCCGCCUCGACCCGAAUAGCUGCAAUGCUCGACUGCGUCAUGAUGAGCCAACGCCGUUUGAAGCGCCUGCUCACAUGAACGACGUGUACGCGAUGUUGUUGACCCACGUCAAUGAAGAGCGAGCUGCCCACGGCCUUGCGCCGCUUUGCGCCAGCUCCAAACUGCACCACGCAGCUCAACGUCAGUCGGAAGAUAUGGCAGCCAACGACUUUCUUCACCACGUCGGAACCGACGGAUCAACAGUCCCCAGUCGCAUUGCAGACGCGGAUUACAAGUGGAAAACCAUUGCGGAGAACGUCGCAGGCGGGCACGACGAUGCACGAUCGGUCAUGGGGAACCUCAUGGACUCGACAGGGCAUCGCCUGAACAUCCUUGGGGACUACACGCAUUUCGGCGCAGGCUACACCUACAACCCGGAUGGUCUCCACGCGCAUUACUGGGCACAGGAGUUUGCAACGAGCGAGAGUGAGAGCUGCGAUGAGCCUCGACGAUACCAAGCCGACAGCUUCAUGUCUAGCUACUUCUAA